AGAGAAAAAGAAGGGAAAAUCUGAUGUUCACACGCAUUUUCCGUUUUACUUGUAUGUUGUUUGGUGAUCUGAAUCUUUGUUUCAGACACGAUAACCUCAUCCAAACGAUUUCGCGCGUGAACUUUUGGUGAAACAUACCGUAAUUAAAUGAUUUUAUUUACUGUAAUUGCAACAUUGGCCUUUUAAACGAUCAAACUCAAGAACAAUAUUUUGAAAUUUUAUAAAAUAAGAAACAAAUUGAAUAAGAUUUCAGAAUUUGUAUGAAUAUCGUACACAGAGUGGAGUGUUCAUCGUAACCGGCAUUUUCUUCAGUGUUGACAAUUUCAAAAGUCUACCAAAUAGGUAAUAUUUUCCCGUGAAAAGUGUAUGUUUCAAUUACAAAAUUUUGUUUUAUCACUUUUUUUAUAUAUAUUUUUUACAUCAAGUGUUCCGUAUUUAAAAGUGAUCUGGUUGUAAAAAUUUAGUUUACGAAUAACUUGCGUGAAUUGUGAACAACACUCAUCGCGUAAAUACGUUGAACGACCAAUCUCCAUUUGAAGUCUAUCGUCACCACAUGCCGUCGUCGCUUGUGCGCUUCAUGUGCAUGUGUGUGAGUGUAGUGUAUCUCGCUUGUGUCUCGUUUGUGUGAGAUGAAGGAAGGGACUAUGUAUGUGUAUGUCUGAUAUUGUCGAAACGACUAUUUUAUAUGGUUAAUAACAUAUCAGCGGAUUCAGUUGGGGUUUGCCAGUCACUCGGGACGAACGCGUUUUCUCUGGAGAUAAUUUUUCCGUGUCGUCAUGCUAAAACUACAAUUGUAAAAAUAUCCUUGUGCAUUUUCAUCAAUGAAAAUCUUAAAAAAUAUAUAUAUAUAUAUAUCAAUUCGAACGGAAAACAUUUUUCGUUGACAUCAAAUUUUUCAAACUUCCACCGUGAAAACUAGAUUCAUUCGAUUAUUUUGUAUAUUUUCCCUUCGUAUAUUUAUUUAAUAUCAUAAAGUGUUUUAAAAAAAAAAUCAACAAUAUAGAUCAGCGAAUCGAAAAAAAAGUGUUUAUUAAACAAAAAAUAAAAUCAACAGAUUAUAACUAGAAUUAUUAAUUGCGAAAGUUAACGUCGAAGAAUCUAUUAACCAAAAACAAAAAAAAAAAGUAAUAAGUGAGAUAUAUUUUUUUCGGCGUGUGUUAAGAUUUUUCCAAUCGGAAUAAUAUUAUACUGACGAGAAGUGUUGAAAUUGAUUCGCCACCAUUUAUUUUUGUGAUCAAGUGGUUGAUAACGGCUUAAAGCUGCGUUCUGACGAACCAGUUCCGGGCUGUUUCAGCUCGCCGUCACCAUGGCCAACGCUCGAAUUGGAAUGGGGACGAAAACUAUAUCCAUCAUCAGGACCACGAGGAAGCAGUUUAAUGUUCAGUUUACCACCAGGUAGUGACUUAAACCAAAAUCGGGGCACGAUCACAUCACUUAAAGAAGAACCACUUGGCACCAGAUCGUGGAUGCAACCAACACAACAAAUCAAUCUUGGUAUUGGUCGUGCACAUUUUGAGAAACAGCCUCCAAGUAAUCUGCGAAAAUCAAACUUUUUCCACUUUGUGAUUGCACUGUAUGAUCGAAGCGAGCAACCAAUCGAAAUCGAACGUACUGCCUUCAUUGGAUUCAUAGAAAAGGAUCAGGAAACUGACAGUACAAAGACAAACAAUGGCAUUCAGUAUCGGUUACAGUUACUCUAUGCGAAUGGUGCUAGGCAGGAACAGGAUAUAUUCGUACGGCUAAUAGACUCACAAACGAAACAGGCCAUUAUUUACGAAGGACAAGACAAAAAUCCAGAAAUGUGUAGAGUUUUACUAACUCAUGAAGUCAUGUGCAGUCGAUGUUGUGACAAGAAAAGCUGCGGAAACCGAAACGAAACGCCGUCAGAUCCAGUGAUUAUAGAUAGAUUUUUUCUUAAAUUCUUCUUAAAAUGUAAUCAAAAUUGUUUGAAAAAUGCUGGAAACCCACGAGACAUGCGAAGAUUUCAAGUAGUGAUUGCAACGCAGGUUUCGGUUGAAGGUCCACUGAUGGCUAUAUCUGACCAAAUGUUCGUGCACAAUAAUUCAAAGCACGGAAGACGAGCCAAGCGAUUGGACGCUAGUGAUGGUACAUCACCGUUAUCAAUUUCACAUCCAUUGGCUCCAGACAGUACGUACGAUGGUCUCUAUCCACCGAUGCCUGUUGCAACACCAUGUAUAAAAGCAAUAUCACCAACUGAAGGAUGGACCAUUGGUGGUGCACAAGUUAUUAUUGUUGGCGAUAAUUUUUUUGAUGGCCUUCAAGUUGUGUUUGGUACGAUGCUCGUAUGGAGUGAGUUGAUAACAUCGCAUGCAAUUCGAGUUCAAACACCACCACGGCACAUUCCUGGCGUGGUUGAUGUUACUCUAUCCUAUAAAAGUAAGCAGUUUUGUAAAGGUCAGCCAGGCCGUUUCGUGUAUGUGUCUUUAAGUGAACCAACACUUGAUUACAACUUUCAACGAUUACAAAAAUCAGUGCCGCGACAUCCAGGCGAUCCCGAUAAGCUACCAAAGGAAAUUCUGCUUAAACGAGCAGCUGAUAUAGCUGAAGCUCUUUAUUCGAUGCCAAGAUCACCAAACAGUUCGAGUACAUUCAAUUCGUACGCCGGUCAAUUGGCAGUAAGUGUUCAAGACAGUAACGCACAAUGGACUGAAGAUGACUACCAACGAACACAGACCAGUAGUGUAAGUCCACGCGGUGGCUACUGCAGUAGUGCAUCAACACCACAUUCAUCCGGAGGUGGUUCGUAUGGUGCUGGCAAUGGAAAUGGCUAUGCACCAAAUAUGGGCACAUUAUCAGCGUCUACAUCGAGUGUGUUUAAUUCUACAUCAAGAGUUGGACUCGUAAGUGUAAGUGGUUUCAAUCCUUUUGCUUUGCCCACCUGUAAUUCUCAAGGCUAUUCACCUAGUCCAUUGAUAGCAUCGUCCAAGUAGCAAUAAAAUGACUUUCAGCCAUGCGUUAACUGAGAAAAAAAUCACCUGGUAUGAUAUAAUCGAAUUGUAUUUAUGUUACAAAAAAAAAAUGAUCGUAGUAAAAGUCGUAUUUGGAAUCAAAUGAAUGGGAUUGACAUUUACAUGUGUGAGACAACGCUUAAAACCACUUAUAGUAUAUACAUAGUGAAUUUAUGAAAGUUUAAACAAUGUGUAACUUUUAACGAGCCAAAAUCAUUUAAACACGAUGUAGUGAGACAACAACAACAACAACAACAAACAACAACAACAAAAAUAUUGAAAUAAAAAGUUUCGAUACUUCUGUCAUUUUAUUUAACACGAAUUUAAUUUAAUUCAAUUAUAUACCGGCAUAUUUAACUAGCGAUUUUCGAAAUCGAAUAAGAUUUUCAUUCGAUUCUUAGCCCAUUAAAGAUGACAUGUCAAAAUAAUUACGUACAAAAAGUAAAUGGAAUUAUUCAAAUGUUUGUGAGAGCCAUAAAUUUAAUAUUAAGAAAAUAAAUUUUACUCAAAUUUGAUGUUAAAUUAAUCACUCUCAUUUGAAAUAAAAAAAAUUCCAUUCAUUUUUCUUGUAAAUGUGUGUGUGUGAGUGUUUGUUAAAGAAUUCGCCUUGGUAUAUAUUUAUGGGAUAAAGUACUUUAUACUCAAAAAUAUUUAUGUCUAGAUCCAGAUUCAUACAUCCUUUUCUCAAAAAAUUACAAUUAAUCUCCCAUAUGGACUUGUUAAUUGCAUACAUAAAAAUGUAUUAUUACUAUACGCAACAAUCCUGUUCCCAAUAUGAAGUGCAGCAUUUCUGAACACACACACACACAUACACAAACGAAUUAUUUUAAUUUUCUAUAAAUUCGUGUAAAAUUUUGAUUUAUCCAUGCAAAUUUUAAUUUAAUUCUUAAAUCAUUUGGAAGCACUAAGUAUUUUAGACAUGCUUUGUUGGUUUUAAAGAAUUUGUUUAAAAUUUACAUGAUUUAUGAUAUCAAAAUUAAAAAAAAACAUACAGUAUUUUUAAAAAGGAAGUUAGUUUGUGUGUGCAACUAAUGAAAACGAUAGACAGUGUUCAAUCUUUUGAGCACAAACUUUUUUUAGAUAAAAAAAACUUUUGUUAAGGAUUAAAUGUAUGUAAGAAAAUGUUGUAAUUAUAAAACAACACUGUAAUUUAAUUGUUGUAAUUCAAAAAAAUGGUCAAAUAUAUUAUUGCACAUAUUAUCAAGUCAAAAAAAUAAGGUAAAGUUUUCUCAUUAUCCAAUUUCAAACUUUGCCAAUAUAUAAUCCUCACAAAAUUAAAAAAGAGAGAAAAAUGCAGCAGUACGCAAACAAAAUGUGGAUAAUUUCUAUAUCUAUGCACAUUUAUAAACAGUACAAAAAGAGUGUCAAGCUGCUAUCAAAUCGAUCAUCAUCUCUAUCACUUUUCACUAAAAAUAUAUGUUCUGUUUGAAAACUUGAAUAAAGUUUAUGAUUGAGACCUAAGUUUCAUAUUACUUGAAUGGAAAUAUGUAAAAAAAUAGCUAAUGUCACCCGACAAUGGUCGGUGAUUCCUCUUCUCAGUGCAAUGAAUCUUUUUUAUGUAUAUCAGCCAAACACUAAUUUACACGACGUUAUUGAAGAAAUCAACGAGAAUCUCAAUAUAACAAACUAGAAACAAUUAAGCCAUAAUUUACAUAUCAUUUCUUUAAAUCUCUUUCUAAGAAACAUUUCAUACAAUCAUCUUCAAAAUGGAAUCAUUUUUCAAUUACAAAACGCAUGUAGCGUUUCCAGACAUUGCAAUUUUUGCACAUUUCCCAACUUUUCUUUGUGUUAUUAAAAACGAUAUCGACUGGAAAAAAAGUAAUUGAAGUCAUAUUUUUUUAUAGUUUGAAUUUUUUUUAAAUAGAAUUUCAACAUUAUAAAAUAUCACACAAUUCAUUUCACUCUUAAACAAAAAUAUGACAUCACAGAAAAAAAAUAUAACAAUUAAAUACUUAUUCAGUAGUUAAUACAACGAAUAUCUCAAGAAAUUAGCCAUUUAAAUUUAAACAAAACAAA